CUUCUGCUGCGGUAAACCCCCAAACCCCAACAGGCAACAGUCGAGCUCGAGGCACCGGUGGUUCGAGGCGAAGACCCAAGUACAGUAGAGCAUCGCCGGCCGCCGGCGACCAUGAACGGCUCGGGAUUUGAUAUGAGGCUCGGCAUCGAGAGCGCUCUUCGACGCGCGCUUCCGUACGGCGGUCUUCCUGGCAAUGACUCGCCGCAGACGGCCUUCUUCGACGCGGCCACCGGGGGCGACCUCCGCCGCCUCAGGGAGUUGGCGAGCGGCAAGGACGCGGAGGAGAAGGCGUGGCUUGCGGAUGUGUCCAUCCAAGGUGUUGGGCCGUUUCAGGCCGCCGCGCGCCUAGGAAAAGUUGAUGUGUGCAGGUGCUUGGUGGAGGAGCUCGGCUUUGACAUCAAUGCUGGAAGCAAAAUUGGUGUAACUGCGUUGGCUGCUGCUGCAUUGGAUGGAAAAAUGGCUGUUGUCAGGUACCUUCUUGACAAUGGGGCAGAUCCAAAUAAGAAAGACGACGCAGGCUCUGUUCCUCUUCACUGUGCUGCAAAAUUUGGGCAUCACGAAGCAGCAAGACUAUUGCUAUCUAGAGGAGCUAGUGUUGAUAUAGCUUAUUUCCAUGGGACACCACUACAUAUUGCUGCUUACUAUGGGAAGGCCAGUGUCAUGAAAGUCUUAUUGGAGCACCAUGCAGAUCCGAACAAGGUUUCAGAAGUUUUAGGUACACCAUUGAUUGCAGCUCUAAGUGCUACUUCUGAAGGACUACCAGAGUCUAUUUCGUUGAAGUGUGUGAAACUGCUUGUCAAGGCAGGUGCAGAUGUAAAUUCUACUAAUCCCGAUACUGCCUUGGUAGUGGCAACUACUUACGGGUUAACUGACUGCAUUAAGUACUUGCUAAAGGCUGGUGCAGACCCUAAUAUCCCAAAUAGUCAUUGUGGUGCCAUGCCAAUACAACUCGCAGCAAGCUGUGGAAGAAGAAAGCAUGUGGAGUUACUAUUUCCAUUAACUUCUCCCAUUCGAACUAUAUCAAACUGGACUGUUGACGGAAUUCUUGCUAAUGCCAAAUCAAAACGCUCCAAGCCCAGGGAUGAGGAAGAUGAUGACAAUACCAAAGUCCAGCUGAAAUUAUGCGGUGAGGAAGCUGUUAAGAGAAAGGACUAUCGUGGCGCGUCAAUGUUCUACACCGAGGCAAUUGAGUUGGACCCGACUGAUGCAACACUGUAUUCGAAUAGGAGCCUGUGCCACAUGCAAAUGACUGAAGUAGAUAUGGCUUUGCUUGAUGCUAAUACUUGCAUUGAAUUGCGCCCUGAAUGGUUGAAAGGCUACUACAGGAAGGGAGUUGCUCUCAUGUUUCUCAAGGAGUAUAAAGAAGCAUGUGAUGUUUUCAUGGCUGGACUGAAGCUGGACCCUGGAAAUGCCGAGAUGGAGAAAGCAUUACGGGAGGCUGUUGAGGCAAUGAAAAAGGACCACUUCGCUAGAAAAAGCUUCAAACCAUCCGGUUAGAGAAACAUGUCGGCUCUGGAGGUCGUGCAACCCGUUUUAGGUGCCAUAGUAGUGGCAUAUUGCAAGUGUUAGAGGUAGAAUUCUCAGUGCGUAGCCUUGUUAUGACUCUGGUUUGUCAAUGGGCACUGUUUAGCAUGAUAUAUUGAUAUUACUCUGGUAGUCAGGUUUGUGAUGGCAUUGGUUAGCCUUAUGGAUGUGGUUCGUCAAAUGGCCAGCACUUAGAGCAUCUCCAAU